CGUCACGGCCGAUGCACUCCACUGUGGUGACGUCAGUGGGGGCACGUGGGUUUGUUAUUGCAGGAAGUGAAGAUGGCGGCUCAGUCGUUUGUCUCCGAGUCUAUGCUCGGAUGGUCUAUUUUCACCUUUAUACUUAUGAUAAUCCUGACGUUCUGUUGGUUCUACAUUCGGAAAUUUCAAAGUCGUCAGGAGAGUGAAGUUGUUUCCACUAUCACUGCAAUAUGUGCACUGGCCAUUGCUUUGAUAACCUCUGCACUUCUACCAGUGGAUAUCUUCCUUGUUUCCUUCAUGAAGUAUCCCAACGGUACCUAUAAGGAAUGGGCAGCAAACAAUGAGACGAGAGGGCAAAUAGAAGACACUGUGCUGUAUGGAUAUUACACACUUUACUCCAUCAUACUAUUCUGUGUCUUCCUGUGGAUCCCCUUUGUUUAUUUCUACUACGAAGAAAGGGACGACAACAACGUGAACAAAUGCUCGCAAGUGAAAAACGCUCUGAAGUACACAAUUGGAUUUGCCAUUGUCUGCGUGGCGCUCCUUUUAAUUGGAGCCUUCGUUCCUCUUGAGCCACCACCGGGUCAGAAUUCCACCCAAUGGGAGAAAGUACAAUACCUUUUCGAAGAGCUUGGGAGUAGUCAUGGUCUACCUGCUCUCUCUUUCUCCAUCAGCUCCUUGACCUUGAUUGGCAUGUUGGCAGUGAUCACUUACACGGCAUACGGUAUGUCUGUACUACCUUUGAACCUGAUAAAAGGCACAAGGAGUGUGGUGUACGAACGUCUGGAGAACACAGAGGACAUUGAUGAUGUUGAGCAUCAGAUAGAAAAGCUGAAAUCCAAGUGUCAAGACGGACGUCCCCUCUCCUCAAGGGACAGACAGAACCUUCAGGAGCUGGAGGGCAAACUGCAGGUCCUCCAGCGCAGGGGGAGACACCUUGAAAUUGCAGAGAGGAACUGCUGCACUAAAGUGGGCAGUGCUCUCAGGCCUUUAAAGAUAAUGCUGGGCAUUUUCUUCAUCCUGGUUGCACUGCUGUUCACUGUUGCCCUGUUCAUUUCAAAUUUGGAUAAAGCUCUGCACUCUGCGGGCAUCAGCUCCGGGUUCAUAAUCUUUGGCACCAACCUAACCAAUCCUCUGAAUGAACUUCUAUUAGCAUUACAACCCGUGUUUCCACUGGAUUACAUACUGAUCACAGUCAUCACCAUGUACUUUGUAGUCACCUCCAUGGCUGGCAUUCGUAACAUGGGCAUCUGGUUCUUCUGGAUAAGGCUGUACAAAAUAAGACCCAAGAAAACUCGCCCCCAGGCUCUCCUCUUCCUCUGUAUGAUUCUUCUCUUGAUUGUCCUUCACACCAGCUACAUGAUCUACAGCCUCGCUCCACAGUAUGUCAUGUAUGGCAGCCAGAAAUAUCUCGCACAGAGUCAGAUGCCCUCAGCAGGUCACACAUCUGGGAACGGCACCACAAGGAUCUGUGAUGCCGAUGCGCCUGAGGACCAGUGCACCGUGACGAGAUCGUAUCUUUUCCUCCACAAGUUCUGGUUCUUCAGCACCAUCUACUACUUCGGUAACUGGGCCUUUAUUGGGGCUUUCCUCAUUGGUCUGGUGGUGUCCUGCUGCAGAGGGAAGAAGUCUGUGAUCGAAGGAGAGGUGGAGGCCGAUGACUCCGACUUAAGUGAUGAUGAAUAUGUGCACUAAUAAUCAGUAGAUAUUCCCACCAUGACUUAAAGGGACUAGAAAGUACAAUUUCAUAAACGGAUAAAUGGAUGUCAGUAAUUUGUCAUAAUUUAAUUUAUUGGUUUUAAGGAGUUAUUGCAGUGGUGUCUUGUGGAUUCCAGCUUUUUUUUGAGUUGACGCAUCGCUCCCCUUGAUGAGACCGCUGAGACUGAUUGUUGUGUUUUUUUCUCAGUCAAUAUUAUCGAGGACUUCCAACUCAAUCCUACCUUGAGAUUCACUCAUCGACAGUUUGAAACUGACACAAUUGGUUAUUUUUCUAUUGGUAGAGACACACCAGAGACAAAGUUGUACGCUGCUCCAAAACUUUAUGUCUGAGCUUUAUGUAGAGUUUGGACAUAAACUUAGUUUUUACUUACUAAGCACUUUCUAGGCCCUUUAAAUGGUUGCUUUAUGACAGUAUCUAUAGUUGGCUGUAAUAUCUGUUUUCAGACGAUAAGAUCUGAGCCGACACAAACUGUUCUGCGUGCUUGUUUUCUGAAAAGCUAAUUGAUAUAAAAACAAUGAUUCUGUUUGACAGCAGUAACGUUUUCAACGUUUAUUUUUGCUCGUUUUGUCUGAGGUUAAAUACAGCGCUAGAUGGUUUGUUGCUUUCUUUUCUUCACAUUUAGUCUUUUGCCAUCUCAGAGCAUUAUUAUUAAAUAAACAUUACUGAACUUUCAUACCUGCGCUGUGUGAAAUGUAAAGGACCAAUUGCAGCUGUCGUGUUUCUAAGGUUUCAGUUAUUCUUUUUAAUUAUAUGGAUUUAACAGGUCUUUGCUGUCACUCUCGCAAGAACAUGAUAAAAAAAAAUAUGAAUAACAAAAUUGAAACAUAGAAUGAAUCAAAUAUGGAUGUCAUUUUGUUUUAAUUAAGGAGAACUUUUUCUUUUUGCAAGUGUUCUAGAGUUUAUCAACAGCAGGCUUUUUUUUCAAUUUUCAGUGUAUCUAGCGGUGUCAAAAUGUCAGCAAACGCUUCAUUUAAACAACAAAUUGACAGAAAAUAUGAAUGACAUAUAUUUAUCUGGAAACCAAAUAUUUGUGCCUCAUGAAUGUGCAACACCAUGAUGGGCACACACUACUGUACACGCUACCUUAAAUGAACCCUUAGAGAAAUCAGCCUGAAUCUCAUGAGUAUGUUUUUGUUGUUGAGAUAUUAGUCUGGUCACCUUCAUUGAGAAUCAAUGAAGUCCGCAGCUGGAAAUAUGGUUACAUGAUGACGGCAGAAGCUGCACUACAUGUUUUCGCCUGUGAUAAGAAUGCUGUUGUGUCAAUAUUGAAUGAUACCUGUAUUUAAAAAAUAAAUAAAUAAUUUAAAAACACA